ACUGAACAGAGAGCAGAGGUGCAGGGAUCAUUUAUUAUUAGUAGUAGUAUUAUUAUUACUGAGGCUCAGCGCGGACACCGAGCGGCUGGACGGUGCGGUACCCGGGCAGCGGGACGGGGACGGCGUGCAUCCUUUGUGCGCAUCACAGGAUUUGAGCCGUUUUUCCGUUUCAUCAAUUUUAAUGAACGCUCCAUCGAUGCUGGUAAUUGAAAGCCAAAGAUGCGCAUCGCCGAACAAAGGAUUUAGGGGGGAAACGAUCAACAAUCUUCCUUAUAUCUGAAUUUUUCCCCAGCCUAACACGUUUGGUGUCCGCGGAGGGCAGACGGGGCUGAAUCCUGCUCUGGUUUAAACCUGGAGCAGGAGGAAUCAUCUGGGCUGAUCGCGGACAGGUCCAUGUGGAUGGAAAGAGGACACGCAAACACGAUCGGAGCUUAUUCCGAAAUGUGACUUUUUUUAUUUUAUUUGAUUGUGUCUCCCAUCAAACCUUACCACUGUGCAUCAGUCUCCAUCCUAGAUCCCAACUGUUUACAUCGAUCAAGACAUGGCGGUUCCACCCGUGCUCCUUUUGCUGCUGACCGUCGCUCACUGUGCCAUUGGACAGAAUCCGGCCGACCCCGAGACUCUCCCAAGUGGCUGUGGCUGGGGCCUCGGGCGUCCAUAUACCCUCCUCUGCGAUCUGGACUCCGUUUGGGGUGUGGCGGUUGAAUCUGUGGCUGAUGGCGGGGGGCUUGCUGCCAUGUUACUCGCCCUAGUACUGGUGUGCCGUUUCCGCUACAUCAGCGAGGCAGAGAAGCGCAGUGGUGUCGGACCCAUCCUCCUGCUGCUCCUGGGCAUUCUUGGCUUGUUCGGCUUGAGCUUUGCCUACCUGAUCGAGCAGGAUGAGUCUCUUUGUCUGAUCCGCAGGGCCCUGUGGGGCCUCCUUUUCGCAGUGUGCUUCUCCUGCUUGCUGGUUCAAGGUGUCCGUCUGCGCAGGCUGGGCCGGGAGCGUCGAAGCCCUGGUAGCUGUGCGCUAACAGGCCUUGCGCUGGGUCUGAGCGCUGUGCAGGCCAUAAUCGCUGCUGAGUGGCUACUUCUGACCGUGCUGAGAGAAGGAAGAGCCGCCUGUCAGUACAUGCCACUGGACUUCUCACUAGCCUGCAGCUACGUGCUAGCCCUGCUCCUUGCCGCGCUGACUGCCGCCUCCUUGGCUCUGUGCGGAAAGACCCGUCAGUGGCGCUGCAGUGCUAUCUGGCUGCUGGUGACCUGCCUGCUAUCUGUGCUGCUGUGGGUGGCCUGGGUGGGCUUCUACCUGUAUGGCAAUGCUUGGUUUGGCAAGUCCCCGGAGUGGAAUGACCCAACCCUUGCAAUAGCACUGGUGACUCAGGGCUGGCUGCUGCUGAUUUUCCAUGCCAUUCCCGAGUCCCACAUCUGCCUGAGUUCCCCACCGCAACCCACUGCCCCGGACUAUUUCGACACAUCCCAGAACUCAACGCGCAUGAGGGAGACAAGCUUUGAUGAAGACAUCCCUCUAUCUCACCGGCAGUUUGUGGAGAACCAGGGCUACGGAUACAAUGACGAGAACGCUGCAGGCUUGAGAAGCAGCAGCGCUGCCGGGCAGCACAACAGUAACACCGGCGCCAGGCCCAGCGCUCCUUUCCGAAGCAACGUUUACCAGCCCACCGAGAUGACCAUGAUCCUGAAUGGGGGAGCGGUGCCCUCUGCCCCUCCCACCUACACCGGGAGGCAGCUGUGGUGAGCGAGGCGUUUGGAAAGAGGAUGUACGAAUGAAAAUGAAGAGAGGAAGAAUAUGGAGAGGAUGAGGAGGAAGGUGUCCAGAGGCAAUCUAGUUGGACUGGAUUUAAGACAUUGAUGCCUUCAGGCCCCUUUCACUCUGUACAAACUUCAACACUGACUUUGUGCCAAUCAAUUAUUGUGUGACUGUGUGUAUGUGAGACUGAAAGAAAGCAGGGUAUGGAGGACAGAGCUAAACUUUUUCUAGUACACAAGUCUCCAUAAAAGGUUUUUAAAAAUUUGAAUAAUCUCCAGCAAGUAGCAAAACAAAACAGAUAUGGACUAGGAUCUAAAAAUACAGACAUGUAGUAUUCCUUCUUUUUGGGGAUUUGCUCCUCUGACAAUACCACUACGGUAUGGUUGAAAACUGUGAAACCUGUUACUUCUCUCUGCUCCAACUCUCAUCCUGUCAAGGCAGGAUGUCUUGUCUGCUGGUCCUCACAAUGCUGGUGCUCAAAUGGAAACAUUUGGCUCUGUCCUCCAUCCAUCCACUCUGACCGAGUGAAGACCGAGCAAACUGGCAACUGUACAGCUCGAGCACCACUCUCUUAAAUAUAAUCCAGCCUGUGUGUCUGUGUACAGUAAACGAGAAGAAGCCGUCUGUAUGUGUGUCCUUGCAACUCCCCGACUCCAAUGUAACCACCUCCUCGAGACUGUUGACCCCCUGCCCCUUUUUCUUGCAUCUCCCUCUCUGUUUCCAUCAUGCAUUGUCUCUGCAUAUAACCCAUAACUCUUCUCACCUCCUGUCACCUCUCACCUGCAUGGACACUGCAAAUACAAACAGUAAAUCCUGGACUGCAAGAGAAGUUCCCAGUGAGUGUAGAGACACAGCAAAAGCAGCAUGGAGCACCUGAAAAGAGGGGAACGCACGCCUGCAGAUGAACUGCUGUUAGUAUAUGACAGAGCAAAGCGGAUAACGAUUGGACAAUGAAGGCGACAGUCAUCACUGGGGAGGUGCCGUCUGUGAAUCUAGGUCAGACUGCUGCGCUCUCCCACAUCUCCAGUGGCCACUGGCGGACUGAAGAAGCCAGGAGAGACUGUCACUUUGUCAGCAGGAAACAGAGCGAGGAAAUGAAAUGAUCUCCCUCUCUUAGUUCCUCUAUCUGUGUUUUUUGUGUGUGCGUGCGUGCGUGCGUGCGUGCGUGCGUGCGUGCGUGCGUGCGUGCGUGCGUGCGUGCGUGCGUGC